GCGCGCCCAUGCACCCAACCUUGCGUCGUCAUAUGGAUGCCAGCAACACGCGGGGAUCUAGUCUCUCUCUCUCUUUCACCGUUCAUUCAACCAGCGAUUUCACUCAUGAUUCACCCGUAGCCAACAGUUGACGGACAGCAUCUACCAUCAACCGUCAUCACCUUACCCUCAACCCUCCCAUCGCCACAAUAACACGCCGGCCAUGAUGUGGUGGAGGAGGAAGGAGGCAGGUGCCCAGUGCACAUCGAAUGGACGGGUCACCGCCCAGCUACUGUUGUCCUUCCUCGCCCUCUCCGGGACUACCAUCGCGACAGCGCCCAGAAAUCACCAGGGAGAUGCGCAACAGGUGCUACCUAUACCAAUAGACAUCUCUCCGAUUCCAGGUCUAUCACCAGAAGCCCCACAGCCUGCCGAACACACCUUUACCUUGCGCCACGUCUUCCACCAUGGUACUCACAAGCACCCCGGCCUUCACCGAAAACAGGAUGUCGAUGCGACAAAAGCGAACAUCUUUUUGGCCGCCGAAGAUGGAUACGGCCGCGAGCGCAUUGGCCCGCUCCGAGCGCAGAGUGACGCGGUGACGAUACAGCGGUUGGUCGACCGCAGACCCGCCGUGGUAGACCCCCUCGUGGCUCAAUCAAGACAACAGGGUUUUGUUUCGGUUCUUGCCCCAUCGGCGUGGACCAUGGACGAGGUUCCAGGGCCCAAUAUUACCGAUAAGCAGACAGUCCUGACGAUGGCAUACAUGGCAGCCGACGCCUACGUGGAGCACGAGGGAGAGGCCGAUUGGGAAGAGGUUGGAAGGCCGUUCAACAGAAGUGCCGACUUUGGUUGGCAGGGCGAUGGAUUGCGUGGACAUAUCUUUGCGGAUCAGACCAACUCGACGGUAGUGAUUGGCUUGAAGGGCACCUCGCUUGCCGUCUUUGACGGUGAUGGCACGACGACCAACGAUAAAGAAAACGAUAACCUCUUUUUCAGUUGCUGCUGCGCUCAGCAAGGACCCUGGACAUGGCGGCAGGUUUGCUCUUGCGCGACGUCGACCUAUACUUGCAACACGACGUGCGUUACUCAGGCGUUGCGGGAGGAGAACCGCUACUACCAGGCGGGCCGUGAGCUCUAUGCCAAUGUUACGGAGCUCUAUCCCAAUGCCAACAUCUGGUUGACUGGCCACUCUCUCGGAGGUGCUGUCAGCUCUUUCCUCGGCCUUACGUAUGGCGUUCCGACCGUGACCUUCCAGGCCGUUCCGGAAGCCUUGCCGGCCAGCAGACUGGGCUUGCCCGUGCCUCCUGGUGCUGACCCGGAAGCACCGCAAGCUAGGCGGUACACGGGCGCCUUUCACUUUGGACACACCGCCGACCCGAUCUACAUUGGUACCUGCAACGGAGCCACUGCUUCUUGCUCGUACGGCGGUUAUGCUCUAGAAACAGCCUGUCACACAGGCAUGGAGUGUGUGUACGAUACGGUGGCUGACAAGGGGUGGCGCGUCGGAAUUGGUACGCACAAGAUUCGAUCCGUCAUUCACGAUGUCAUCCUCAAGUAUGAUGAAGCGGCCAAGUGCAAGUUUACGCCAGAGUGCAGAGACUGUGGCAAUUGGAAGAUGUACGAGAGCAACGGCACAGAGACUACGACGACGUCGACAUCGGCCACGUCCACCGAAAAGACAAGGACCCGAACUGAGACUUGCAAGACACCAGGAUGGUGGGGCUGCCUGGAUGAGACUACCACCACCACCACGGGCACAAUUACUACUACUACUGUUACCACAACGGCAACGACCACCACGUGCCUGACUCCGGGAUGGUUUGGUUGCAAGGAUAAGACAACCUUGACAACGACAAUCACUUCAACAACUCCCACGCCCACUCCCACUCCCACCACCUCAUGCGCCACCCCAGGCCGAUUCUGGGGAUGCUAUGAUGAUAUCACAACAAUAGGCACAAGCUCCACGACAACUACCGAGCAGUCCACUAUUACCCCUCCACCAACCAUGCCCAGCACGACGCCUGCUCCAACAGUAACAGAAACAGCCGGCUGUCGUUCUAGGGCAUGGUAUGGUAUGUGCAAAGAGUACGAGGGCGAGCCAUCCGUCAAGAACGACGAGAUGUAACAACAGGCUUCUUUCCAUGUUUUUUUUCCCCUUUCUGUAAUAUCGGUUUGGUUUGAAAGGCGUAGGGUAGGAUAGGGGGUUUAGGCGUUGAUGAGUGUUCCAGAUUCAGAAACUUGUUUUUUUUUCCUUUUUUUGCAUAAUGUCAUAUACAUGGGUUUUUUUUGGGGGGGGGGUUUUUUGGUAGUAGUUGGAAUCACAACAUGCACGGAAAUCCGGCAUUGGUUCUCACGAGGAGGCGGGAUGAUAGC